AUGCUGUCUUCUUGCAAAGUCGGGUUCCGCAGCUUUGCUCCGAAACAUUCUCAGACUCCGGCAGCAGUCGAUAGCGCUGAUUUGCUCCAAACCAAUGCAGCAGCGACAAAAGCUGGCGUCGAAACCUUGGGCCCGGCUGUGUCGUCUCGCUUUUUCGGUGCCAUGAACCUCGGAGAAUCCACUUCCGAUGAGGCUUUCUACCAUACCGUUCCCGGAGAUGACCUCGGCCUCGUAGGUUAUACCGAAACAGGUUCUGCUUCGGCGCAGUCGCAAGUCUUUGCGGAGACGCCAUCAGCAGGCUCCAAAGAAGUCUGGCAGACCUUUUGGCCAGGAUCAGCAAGCGUGCCAACAAACCGAAUUGGGCCGAAGCCGCGCUGGGCGUACUCGAACACCGAGUUCAUGCAGCCUUAUACGACAAGUGGUGAUGGUGUUCCGCGGCAGGGGCUGAAGGCUGCCAGAUGGUUCGACAACUCUGUUCUACAGUACAACGGUAUGGGCCAGCCGCAGCUGCCUCCAUUCGGGGUCGGGGCCCGGUUAGUUGAGUCCUCGGCCGCCUCCACGUCUUGGGUACAGCGGGCCGUGAAUACCAGCCUCCUGUGCAAAGAGGCUGGCUGCACAGCAACUUCGAAGCUGCAGGUUUUCGAUCCACAGCAGGAAGAAGCCCAACUUUGCAGGCUCACGAUUGAAGUGCAUCCCACUGACUACGACAACCUGUGGAGCAAGGAAUUCGUGCGCAUCUGGAAGAUUAACGAGCAUUUGGCCACCGCCAGGUGUGAUCCACAUGCGCUGGGCUGCAACGCAUCGGCCUGGCGGCCCUUGGUGCCGUGCUUGCAGGAUUUGAAUGUCGACCACCUACUGGCUGAAACCGGCUCACUUCUCAUCGAAGGAUCCAUCAACAAGAUGGUGGAUGAGUGCCCCUACCAUGGCUAUCUCUUGAACGGCAUGGCUGUUGUCACUUGCAUGGCCCGCAAGAAAGUGGCCGAGAAAGCCCUGGCUGCACCCCAUGCUGCCUUUGGUGGAGCUCCCAGCGAUGCGCGCCUCACAGCCAGGGAUCUGUCAGAUGGGGAGUUGAAGCGUUCCUUGGUUUCGGCGGGCGGUGCAGGGGCUCUUCAGGCAGCCGGUCUCAGCGGUGUAGGCCAGGACGCCGGUCUCAACGGUGUACGCUUCGCACACUUGGACGGCACCGCUGCCGACGACGCAAAUGGUUUACUGGGUGCUGCCGGGGGUGCAGCUGUACUGGGCAGUGACGGCGCCGGCAAUGGAAGCAGUGGAACUGGAUCGCUUUCUGAUGAGUCACGAGCACUACUCGGCGACAGGGCUGCAGAACUGGACGAUGGGGCCCUGGCUGCUGCCGGUUUGAAUGCCACAGAGAUCGCAGAGCUGCGCGCCAAAAUGAAAGCAAAUUUCCUGGCAGAUGCGCUGGCGCCAGGAGCUGUCCUUUCCAACACCACCAGCAUGCAGUGCUGCGAGCCAGGAUGUGCUGUGAUGUCUGAGAUCCAUGUAGACCCGAUCUUCCUGAGAGCUGGUGCGACCUGCCUCAUGAAUUUCACGGUGGUGCAGACUGACUUUGACGAAGCUGUUGGCAACGACGUUGAACGGAUCGAGUUUAUCCAUGUUGAGGGCCUGGGCAACAUCAGCGAGGGCGUCAAGCCCGGAAGGAACCCCUGCACGGAGGAGUACAGCACGGGGAAAACCGUACCCAUGGAAGACCGAGCACGAGCCUCAGCAGAAAGGGGUGGUGACUCACAGCAUUACGAGGAGUUGGAAGACGUACUGAGGAGUCCUGUGGUUCGACAGGGAGAACAGGGGGGUGGCGGACCGGGCCAAUGGGACACAGUCGAUACUUUACUUUCCCUGAUCCGAACUGCGCUCCAGUGGUGGCUGCAGCGUUUCGGUCCAGCUUCCACGGCUUUGUGCGGAACUGCAGAAGUCACCGUGGCAAUCGAGAAGCUGCUGUUGAAAUUCUCAUGCGGCACAGCUGAGAUGGGGAUGCUGGUUGUCGGCAGCAAGAUCUCGCCACAGGCGCCAGCAUUCUUUGCCAGGCUCAAAGUUAUUGGAGUUGUGCGAAAUGUGGAUCUGGCACUUCCGAACUUCGUGCUCAAAGCUGUCAUCUGCUUCCUCGGCAGGCCACAGCACAUGCCGCUGAAGCGAUACCACAAGGUCUCCCUUGCUGAGCAGGGCGAAGGUGUGCCCGGAACUGGCUACUUAGUUCCCAAGGACGUAGCCGAGGCCAAGGAGCUGCACAAUGCAGCCGAGAAGCUGCUGCGGCACAAGGAAUCUCAGAUCCAAGAGCUGCAGAGGCACAACAAGGAGCUGCUGGAUGAGCUUCAGCGAAAGGAGCUGGCCCACACUCACACCUGCAGAGAGGCUACACGGCUGUCCCAGGAGAAUGGGCACUUGAAAGCCACGCUCGGGCGGCUAGUUGCGCAGCAAAAGCGGGAGCUACAAGGAGAGCUGCAGGAAAAGGAGUUAGCCCACCUGGAGACCUGUCGCGAAGCGACAAGGCUAGCUCAGGAAAAUGGGCACUUGAAGAGUGAGCUGAGCCGUCUGCAACAGAGGUUGCGCCAACAGACGGACAUUGAGGGUUCCUCGGAGGCCCAGAGCAACGGAGAUGCUGGCAAAGGCGACGGCUGCUGUCCCAGCUGGCAAUGA